AUGCCGGGGUCCCGCUCCGCGCUGCCCGGCUGUGCCGGGGGCUGUCGGCGGGGAGCGGCCUCAGCGAGGAUUUGCUGCCUUACAGCGGGGCUGCCGGGGAAGGACGGCAACGGAGGUGCCGACCGUUUCCCUUCUCGGUGCCAUCCCGUUGCCAACGGCAGCGCCGAACCCCCCGAGUCCCGCUUUGCCCAGAGCCGGGCAGAACCGCCGUGCGGAGAGGGCCGCCCUCCCCUUCCGUGCUGCCACGAGAGCAUCGCAGCUCGCCCUAAGGGCCCCGAGAAGCCGGACCCGUCGCAGAAGCCCCCCUACUCCUACGUGGCCCUGAUCGCCAUGGCCAUACGGGAGAGCGCCGAGAAGAGGCUCACGCUGUCCGGGAUCUACCAGUACAUCAUCAGCAAGUUUCCUUUCUACGAGAAGAACAAGAAGGGCUGGCAGAACAGCAUCCGCCACAACCUCAGCCUCAACGAGUGCUUCAUCAAGGUGCCCCGCGAGGGUGGCGGGGAGCGCAAGGGCAACUACUGGACGCUGGACCCCGCCUGCGAGGACAUGUUCGAGAAGGGCAACUACCGCCGGCGGCGGAGGAUGAAGCGGCCCUUCCGGCCGCCCCCGACUCACUUCCAGCCCGGCAAGAGCCUCUUCGGCCCCGACGGCUACGGCUACCUCUCCCCGCCCAAGUACCUGCAGUCCACCUUCAUGAACAACUCGUGGCCGCUGCCGCAGCCCCCCGCGCCCGUGCCCUACGCCUCCUGCCAGAUGUCCGGCGGCAGCGUCAGCCCCGUCAACGUGAAAGGACUCUCGGGCCCUGCCUCCUACGGCCCCUACUCGCGGGUGCAGAGCGUGGCGCUGCCCGGCAUGGUGAACUCCUACAACGGCGUGGCCCAUCCGCACCAUCCGCACGCCCACCACCCGCAGCAUCUGUUGGUCCCAACAUCACAGCGCCUUUCUGGAAAAGUCUCGCAGAGCUCAGGCAGAGGGAAACCAGCACAGAAGUGGCUCGGAAGGAGUGAUGGCAAACGGUUAAUCAGAUCAGAGACAGGGAGGCGGAGGUAA